CCGCAGUACUCUUCCCGCCACUCCUAUCUUCUCCCCCAGGAAAAAUAAAUAAAACCUCGCUGAGUGGUAGUAUUUACGGAAAUGCCAUGGCCGGCCUUCCUGGUGGUGGCCGCGAAGCUCAUCGUCCUUGCGGCGGCCGCCGCGACGGCGGCAAACGCGGCCUCCUACGCGCGGUUCCGGAGGCGCCACCUCCGCCGCAUCCGCAGCCCCAUCGACGAGUCGGCCGACCCCGUCGCCGAUUUCCGCUCCCUGCCCUCCUCCGCUGCCGCAGCAGAGGAUGAUGAUUUUUUCUUCGGGUUAGCGACGGCGCCUGCGCAUGUUGAAGACAGGCUGGACGAUGCUUGGCUUCAGUUUGCGACAGAACAAUCCGUUGAUGACAAGGAGUCCAUGCGCAACCAGAAACAAGUCGAUGCAGUGAUGGCCUCUGCUGGUGGUGAUGGAGGCUCUCAGCCAUCUUCUAGGCUAAGAGGGGACGAAAAGGGUACCGAUGGAGAGAAAAGGAAGCCUCUUAGGGUAGCCAUGGAGGCUAUGCUCAGAGGAUUUGAAAAGUUUUCUGAGGGUGAAGAAUCUAGUGGUGGAGAUAACUGCAGCCACAAUGUUGCUGCUUGGCACAAUGUUCCAUGCCCGCAAGAGAGGCUUAAAUUUUGGUCCGAUCCUGAUACUGAGUUGAAACUUGCUAAGGAAACCGGCAUUAGUGUUUUCCGCAUGGGCGUAGACUGGACAAGAAUAAUGCCUAAGGAACCAACUGAAGAUUUCAAGAGCUCGGUUAAUUUUGCAGCACUUGAGCGGUAUAGAUGGAUCAUUCAAAGAGUUCAUGAGCAUGGGAUGAAAGUAAUGCUUACCCUAUUUCAUCACUCACUUCCACCUUGGGCUGGGGAAUAUGGUGGAUGGAGGAUGGAAAAAACUGCUAAUUAUUUCAUGGAUUUUGUAAG